GUUUAAAUACGGAACAGGUGAGAGUGGAGGUACAGCAGAUCCUGGAGCUGCAGUCCACUCACGCUCUUACCUGACCGACCAGUCCUAAACAGUAAGCCUGUAAAGAUGAUCAAAGCGGCAUUAUCGGUACUCUUGGUCCUGGUGGCCGUGUCCUCCUCCUUCGGGAAAUAUACCCCCAAGACCGGCAAAAGGGUCCCUCAGACUCUGUCCAGAGGUUGGGGUGAUCAGCUGAUCUGGGCUCAGACGUACGAAGAGGCUCUCUACUGGUCCAGGUCAAGAAACAAGCCUCUGAUGGUCAUCUUUCACCUUGAGGACUGCCCACACAGCCAGGCACUGAAGAAGGUUUUUUCUGAAGACAACAAGAUUCAGAAAACUCUUGACGAGGAUUUCAUUGUCCUCAAUCUGGUGUAUGAAACCACAGACAAACAUCUCUCUCCUGAUGGGCAGUACGUUCCCAGGAUCAUAUUUGUCGACCCCUCAAUGACGGUGAGGGCCGACAUCAAUGGUCGCUACUCCAACCGCAUGUAUGCCUAUGAACCCAGUGACAUAAACCUCUUGUUGAACAACAUGGCCAAGGCCAAGAAGCUCCUGAAGUCGGAGCUGUGAGGGUGAGACAUUCGGUCCACUCCAGAGUUUAUUGUUGCCACAGAUGCCAGCAACAUGCUGUCACUAUAGUUUACACCUGGAAAACUAAGCACUGGAAAGUUUCUUCUCUUCACCUACAUUUGAAAUGUUUCCUUGUUGAAUUUCCUUUCUACCUUUGUUAUUAUUGCUGUACACCCAGAAUGUCUUUUGAAUAAAUAUGGAACUGUUCAUACAA